AUGAGCGAUAAGAAAGCCCCCGGACCAGACAAUAUCUGCGCGGAGCAUCUGAAGCAUCUCGGCCCGAGAGCCAAGGCCCUGCUCCUGCGCGUCAUCAAUCAGUCCUGGUUGCGGGGAGAGGUACCAGCUGACUGGCGCAGAGCCGUCAUCGUUCCGAUCCCCAAGGCUGGAAAGGACCCCAAGCUAACAUCAAGCUACCGACCCAUCGCGCUGACGUCACACCUGGCGAAGCUGAUGGAGCGAAUGGUGUCUGCACGCAUGACCUACCUGACGGAGAGGGAGGAGAUGGUCCCAUCUGAGCAGGUCGGCUUCCGAAGAGGACGGUCCGCGGAAGAGAACCUGGGAAGGCUGAUCCAAACGGUCCAGGACGGAUGGAACAAGCCCAAACCGAGAGGGAAGCCGGUGGACGGCGUCACGGCCGAGAAGUUCGUUCUUAUGGCAUACGACUUCAGCCGCGCCUAUGACGUCAUCGACCACCGUAUGCUACAGCUGAAGCUCCUGCGGUUGGGCCUGCCCGCCUGUAUGACCCGCUGGAUCUGGGCGUUCCUGCGUGACCGCCGGGCGUCGGUGGAGGUGAACGGCACCCGGAGCGCAGAGCGCGUCUUCAGAGCCGGCCUCCCGCAGGGCAGCGUUCUGGCUCCGACGCUGUACACCCUGUGGGCCGCCGACCUGAUCCUGGAACUGCGGUGUAUCCCGUGUAUGUACAUCCACCUACAUGUACGCGGACGACACCGCCACCCUCAGCAGCGGAUGCUCUAUCGCCCUGGCCCGGGAGAGAGCACAGCGAGCAGCCGACACCAUCGCAGCUUGGGCGACCCGCUGGAAGAUGGUAGUGGCGGCAUCCGCGCGGAGCUCACCGCGCUGCUGGCAGCUCUGGAGGCGGCCGCCGAGCUGCCGGGCUGCAGAGGAGUGCCUGUAGUCGCCUGCCUGGACUCGAAGGCGGCUCUGCUGCUCCUGGGUGGAGGCGCUGCGGCCCAGGCCUCGACACUGGGCGCCAGGCUGUGGGCCCAGCUCCGGCGCAUGACGGCCGACGGCAGCACGGUCACGCUGCAAUGGGUCCCGGCCCACUGUGGGCUCGCCGGUAAUGAAAGAGCGGACGCACUGGCCAAGGAGGCGGCCGCUCUUCCCCAGCAGUCAACACCGGUGGAUGUCCGCACUCUCACGCGGGCUGUCGCGCGGCACUCCAAGAGGAAGUGGCAGGCGGACUGGCCGGCCGGUUGGUACCGCACCGUCAUGGGGGACCGCGCCCCCGCCCCGGUCCGGACCGCCACCAGGAAGGAGGCCGUCGACAUCCACCAGCUCCGGUCUGGCCACUGGGCCCGAUCGGAGCAGUACCUCCACCGGAUUGGUCGAAGACCUACACCUGAGUGCGCUCAAUGUGACGACAAGGAAUGCCCUGCGGGCCGCUGCCUAGUCUGUUCUGAAGCAGCGGACACCCCGGCGCACGUGUUGCUGGAAUGCCCGUGCCUAUACGGCCCCCGGCUCCGUGCGCUGGGCAACAUCAUCGGCGCGGCCCACGAUGUCCGGCGCGACGACGUGGUGGCGGCCUUGGCCACCGGAUACAUGGCCCACAAGAGCCGGUCGGCUACACUACCGCCCCGGCGGUAG